AUGGAGUCUAUCCGUGUAACACAUGGUGACUUUGUAGUCGAAAGGACAGGGAAGCUGAGAGAUACAUAUAGAAUUGGCUCAAAACUAGGCGAUGGAGCGUUUGGGAGUGUCAGAAAAAUCACUCAUAGAGUUACUGGGGAAGCUCGUGCUGUGAAAACCAUCCACAAAAAGACUCUUCGCACCGAAGAAGAGAGACAGACUUUUUUCAGUACUCCCUUUUAAUUCCCAACUGAUAAUAUCGAUAUCUUGUCAAGCAAGAAUUUCAUAGGACACCACAAAAAGGGCCAGAUGCCUUCGCUGGUGUCAUUGACCUAACUCCUAACUUGGCUCCAGCUCAUCUUCGGCCUAAGGGCUACCCUCCUUUGGCGCGCUAAACAGUAAAAAUCAUAUGCCUCAUUUCUUCUUGGUCCAGUUGAAAUUCCCCAUUGCGGUAAUUCAUAUUGGCAUUGUGGAUAAAGGUUCACUUAUUCCCCCUCCGUGAGCAAACCAAAAAUUUUAUUCGCUAACAGAGGGGGCUAAUUUUUUUUUAAAAAAAUUUAUAUGUAAAUUUUAUAAGAGGGCAAAAAUAGGAAUUUUCUAGAAAGUUGAGCCCUAUAAUAAUAAUAAAAUUUGCAGAGGAGGUAUAGUUCUCAGAGAGAACUAGCCAUUUUGUUAUUAUGUAAACUUUUUUCAAUGAAGUUUCUGUCCUGCGAGCGUUGGAUCAUCCAAAUGUGUUGAAACUCUAUGAAUUUUACCAAGAUGAAAAGAAUUAUUUCGUCUUAUAUUAAUUUCAGGCAAAUUAAUGCUUAUUUAUAUUUUUUAGAAAAUCUAAUAUAAUAAAUUAUACUAUUUAAUUACUGAAUUAUGCAACGGAGGUGAACUAUUCGACAGAAUCAUCAACAACGGCUCAUUUUCAGAAGCGGUUGCAGCAGAGUAUAUGAGGCAAAUUCUAUCUGUACUUGCAUACUGCCACGAGAGGAAUAUAGUCCACCGAGAUCUGAAACCAGAAAACUUCUUAUUGGACACCCCAGAACCGGACGCAAAUUUAAAGGUCAUUGAUUUCGGGACUGCCCAAUUUUUUACGCCAGGGGUCCAGCUAACUCAAAAGUUUGGGACUCCUUAUUAUAUAGCGCCUGAAGUAUUGAAAAAAUCAUAUGAUGAGAGGUGCGAUAUUUGGAGCGCUGGGGUGAAUAUGUAUUCCUUAUAUAUAUAAAUGCAAAUAAUAAGAUUUAUUUUUAUAUAAAAUAAUCUUAAUUAAAAGUAAUUCGUAUAUAUUUUCUUAGCUGGAUAUCCUCCAUUUGGAGGAAAUACUGAUGAGCAAAUUCUCAGAAGGGUUGCAGCAGGGAGAUAUAGCUACCCAAGCCCUGAGUGGGAUAACAUCAGCUUUGAGGCCAAAGAUUUGAUAUCGAAAAUGCUUACCUUUGAGCCACAAAGAAGGAUUUCUGCAAGAGAAGCGCUAAACCACCCAUGGAUGCACAAUGCAAGCAGAACUCCGAUAAACCCAGCUACAGCCCGCAGCAUUUUCACUAAUUUGCAAACUUUCCGAGCUGAGCGAGCACUACAAAAAGCGACUUUUUCCUUUAUGGCAAGCCAGCUGUCCACAAAGCAAGAGCAGGAGGAAAUGCUAACAUUAUUUAAAUCCUUAGAUUCAGAUAACAGCGGAACCCUUUCCCGAGAUGAGCUUAUAGAAGGUUUCAGAAUCUUAUACAGCAACCAGUUCGAAGAUAUAGAUGGCGAAGUUUCCAGAAUUAUGUCACAAGUAGACAUAGACAAAUCAGGCGAAAUUGAUUAUAACGAGUUCAUAGCAGCGACUUUGAAUAAAACCAGGCUUCUUUGCAGAGAAAAAUUAGAAGCAGCUUUUAGAGCUUUCGAUUUGGAUGGGAAUGGGACUAUCACAGCUGAUGAGCUUAAAGGGGUGCUAGGCAAGCAUCAUGCAUAUAGAGAAGAACUGUGGCAGGAAAUUAUAAACGAGGUUGAUUUAAAUGGAGAUGGAGUCAUUGACUUCAGAGAAUUCACUGAAAUGAUGCUUAAAAGAACUUAA